ACUACCAGAGGAGCUGACGGCAGCACAGAGCUGCAGCUUUUUCACUUUGACACCAGUCACAGAGAGGACAGCUGCUGGUGGAGAUGACUGGACUGUCACUUCAGGAACAGCAUCCCUCUAAUUUGGGAACUUUUCUCUGUCCUGAGAACUUGAGAGUUACUGGGAAAGUUUGAUCUAAGGCACACAUAUUGAAGGAUUUCUACCUCAGCUGGCUGGGAGUCAGGCACACUCGAAGUGGGUCAGUUGUGGACUUGUUGGAUAAAAAUCAUAUUUACAACCAAACUCCAGGAUGAAGACUCAUCUCCUCUGCUUGGAGUUACUCCUCUUGGCGGGUCACGUCCUUGUGGCCAGUGGGCAGCUGGAGCCAAAGAAACAAGCGCCCCAGGACCUUCUUGCUGUUACCCAAAGACUUGGGCUCGUAGAGAGAGAUGUGCAGGGUCCGGUGAGGCCCAACAUCACCAUGCCCCGCCGACGGCAACCUCCCAUGUGCACCGGACCCACGGAAAUCCGAGACACCUUCAAGUACAUCAAUACGGUGGUGUCCUGCCUGGUGUUUGUCGUGGGUAUUAUUGGUAAUUCCACUCUGCUGAGAAUCAUCUAUAAGAAUAAGUGCAUGCGUAACGGGCCAAACAUCCUGAUCGGCAGCCUGGCACUCGGAGACCUGCUGCACAUCAUCAUCGGCAUUCCCAUUAAUGUUUACAAGCUCCUGGCAGAGGACUGGCCUUUCGGAGUGACUCUGUGCAAGCUGGUGCCGUUUGUCCAGAAAGCCUCAGUGGGGAUCACAGUGCUGAGUCUGUGCGCUCUGAGUAUUGACAGGUAUCGUGCCGUGGCGUCGUGGAGCCGCAUCAAAGGGAUCGGAGUUCCAAAAUGGAUGGCUAUCGAGAUCGCGCUCAUAUGGAUAAUAUCCAUUGGCCUUGCUGUGCCCGAGGCAAUAGCCUUCGACAUGAUCACCAUGGAUUACAAAGGAGAACACUUGAGGAUCUGUUUGCUGCACCCCAUGCAGAACACUGAUUUCAUGAGGUUUUAUAAAUCAGCGAAGGACUGGUGGCUGUUCAGUGCAUAUUUCUGCCUGCCGUUGGUCUGCACUGCUAUUUUCUACACCCUGAUGACCUGUGAGAUGCUGAGGAAGAAGAAUGGAGUCCAGAUUGCUCUCAGUGACCACCUCAAACAGCGGAGGGAGGUGGCUAAGACAGUGUUCUGUCUGGUUCUGGUUUUUGCUCUGUGCUGGCUGCCUCUCCACCUCAGCCGUAUCCUGAAGCUCACUAUCUACGAUGAGAAAGACCCAAACCGCUGCGAACUGCUCAGUUUCUUUUUGGUGUUGGACUACAUUGGCAUCAACAUGGCAUCUGUCAACUCCUGCAUCAACCCAAUCGCCCUCUACAUGGUCAGCAAGCGCUUCAAGAACUGCUUCAGGUCCUGCCUGUGCUGCUGGUGCCUACCGGCUGAGAUGUUGAUGGAUGAGAAACAGUCGUGCAUGAAGCUGAAAGUCACCGAUCGAGCCACCGACCAGAGCAACUCCCGCAUGACCAACAAGUCCACCACAGCCUGAGGAGCGGUCGUAGACUAGAUAUGACAAAAGAAUACUGAAGUAUGGAUGACUGAAUGAGGAUAUGUGCUAUGUUAAAAGAGGUGCUUUUGGAAAUCAGUGAGGUGAAACUCCUUCUAACCUAAAACUCUGAACACCUGCCAUUGUGGACCCUGUCCAAGAAGAAAUAAGCAUCAGUGCACUUCAAAAGCGGUAUUGUUGGAUUGUGAAGCAGAAAACUGGUGUUCAAAACGACAAAUAUCGAAAACUUAGCGGGGGCAAAGUUCAGCCCAAG